AAGUACGUCACCAGCUUAAGCGGACUCCCGGCAAGCCCCGGGUGAGAUUGCGAGCGUGAUGGCGAUGCGAACUCACGCUCAGGGGGCGACUCGAGCGGCCUUCGGCUCGCUCAGCUCGGCCGCGCCCGACUGGACGAGUGCCGAAGUCCUCACAGGGACCACCAUCAUGGCCGUGGAGUUUGCCGAUGGCGUGGUGUUCGGCGCGGAUUCUCGCACCACCAGCGGGUCUUAUGUCGCUAACCGAGUGACGGACAAGCUGACGCCCGUGCACGAUCGCAUCUUCUGCUGCCGCUCGGGAUCGGCGGCCGACACCCAGGCCAUCGCAGACGUCGUCAAUUACCAGCUCGGCUUCCACAGCAUCGAGAUGGAGGAGAUGCCUCUGGUGCACACGGCAGCCAACCUUUUCAAGGACUACUGCUACAGGUACCGUGAGGAGCUCAUGGCUGGCAUCAUCGUGGCCGGCUGGGACAAGCGCAAGGGGGGCCAGGUGUACACAGUGCCACUGGGUGGCAUGUUGGUGCGCCAGCCAUUCUCCGUCGGCGGUUCUGGCAGCACCUACAUCUACGGCUUCGUUGACUCCAACUACAAGACCGGCAUGACCAAGGAGGAGUGCAUGGAGUUCACAGCCAAGGCGCUGUCGCUCGCUAUGAGCCGCGAUGGCUCGAGCGGUGGAGUCAUCCGCCUGGCGGCCAUCACAGCCGGCAGCGUGGAGCGCAGGGUGCUCACGGGCAAGGACAUUCCGACCUUCUACGAAGAAUGAACCCCCCCCCCCCACCUUCUUCCCCCCCCCCUCGAUCCCCCGGCGGGCUCCCAUAAUCCAUUGCGGUAUUGUAUCACACAAAUGUAGACGUCUCGCAUUAUUUGCAAAUAAAACGCUAGUGUCAGCCACGCUGGCCGAUUUACAGUUUCAUCUAAUACGCUGUCACAGGCGCACACAUAACACACCCGCGGGCCAAAUUCUCGGCCUACUGACUGGGUGUCUGUGUGGGGCAACUUGAAACGAUGUUUGUUUAGACCGCGUCGGUUUUUGUUUUGCUGUACUGCAUAGCCUGCCCGUCGUCGAGAAGGAGGGGGUAUCAAUCACUCGCUGCGCGCGUUUCCCACCUGGGUUGAACCGAAUAAACUCAUUUCUACAACGA